GGAAAAGUGCUGUAUAUUCCAUUGGAAACGGUAACUUCUGGUGCUGCAUCGGGUGGCCUGUUUGCGUUGACCCGAGUGCGAGUAACAUCCCGCUCCAGUAAUUGGUGUUUUCCGUGAAAAAUCAAGAAAAUUUUCGGUUUUGCGUGGACAACUUGAAUUUUGAUUGGUGACUAGGCGAGCGAAUGAAAGAGUGAAUAGCGUAGGAAAGAUCUUGAAGAUCGUCACAUCGCCGACAGCGUCCGCAUUUAUACAACAAAUUUUGUUUGUAUAAAUCGUGUUUAGUCAUCGACGGCCAGGCGGCGACCAGCUCAUUAGCAAAAGUAUAUAUAGGAAGCCAACGCCUCACUCGCAUCCAGCGAAACGCUCUCCAGUUAUUUGUUUUUUUUUCGUUUGGCUGAUCCCAAAAAAGGGCAAAACCCCCUAAGCAGCAAUGGCCGAAAUGGAGGACACCCACUUCGAGGCCGGAGAUUCCGGUGCAUCUGCCACCUUUCCGAUGCAAUGUUCAGCGCUGCGUAAAAAUGGUCACGUUAUGUUAAAGGGACGUCCAUGCAAGAUCGUCGAAAUGUCCACCUCCAAAACAGGCAAGCACGGUCACGCCAAGGUACAUCUGGUCGGCAUCGACAUUUUCACCGGCAAAAAAUAUGAAGAUAUUUGCCCAUCCACUCAUAACAUGGACGUACCACACGUUAAGCGCGAAGACUACCAACUCACUGAUAUCGAUGAUGGAUUUUUAGUUCUUAUGAAUGACGGCGGCGAUCUACGUGAAGAUCUUAAGAUUCCAGAAGGUGACUUGGGAACCCAACUCCGUGCUGAAUUCGACGCUGGCAAGGAAUUAGUUUGUACCGUUCUUAAAUCGUGCAACGAAGAAACUGUGAUUGCCAUCAAGAACAACACAUCUGCUGAUAAAAACUAAUACCUCGCCCGUUGCUCGUUACAUCCCGCGAAUUGCACCGACAGAACAACAACUUCACACAGAAACGACACCCCGAUAAGAUUAUUAAAGCGAAAAAGUUCAGAAAAACUCAACAACUAUUACAACUACUGCUACUAUUGCGCUACUACAACCAACAACAACACAGUCAUAAUAGAGGAUAACUAUUAUUGCAAGAAACGUUCCUCCCCUACUUCUGUACACAAGUUGCAAAACAAAAUCAUUAACUACAUAAGCGAGGUAAACACUAAAACACACAGACACAGUUGCAUCUCUUAGUAUACAGCUAUUAUUACAAAUUAAAGGAAAAAAAAUUAAGAUAAUACUUUCUGGUAAAAGUAAUAAGUUGAGGUAAUAAAGAACAUUGAGCAGCAGCAGCAAAAAAAAUGUUAAAUUCAAUCACACGAACGGUCGAACGGGAAGAAGAAGCGAAGGAGCUUUACGUGACACAAAACCUAAUUCAUGCCAGGAGCAGAGGAACACAAACGCAAAACAGACAGACAGAGACAGGAAACAGGAGAGAGAGCAAGCGUGAGACAAGAGAAGCACGUGUUCAGCGUUGGUAUGGGCAGGAGCCAAGUUCCCUUUUUUGUACAAUGUUUCAACAACAAAAAAAACCAACGGUAAAAAAGCAAGAAAAAACGAAACACAUUAAUUAUUAUAAUAAAUUUAAAGAAAAAAAACCAAUAUAAUAUAAUAAAAAUAUUAUAAUAAUUUAAUGAAAUCAAUACAAGCAAAAUCAAUAAUUGGAGAAAUCUAUCCGUGCGAAAGAGAUCACACCAAAACAGCAGGCGAAAUACGUAAAGAAACUCAAAAAGUAAGCGCGAGGAGGAGAAGGAAGUAAAUCAGCAAACAAAGGUUGAGGGUCAAGGAAGAACAUCUUAUUCCAAAACAAAAAAAAAAACGAGGAGAAACACAGCAAAUUUAAACAGCAAGCUAUGUUGAAUAAAAUAUUUAAUUUUCUAACAAAACAACACGCAGCCUACGUUGUCCAAUCGAAAAAUUAAUUGGCUUAUUUCGAAAAUAAAGAAAGCUCUUGUAAGUAAGCAUAGAACAGUCGACAACACUUUUGCACGGUUCACAGCCCCCCAGGCAGAUGAUGUAAAAAUGAACGUCGUCAGUAAUCUUCUGGUGGGACAAGUAGUUGUACACAGCGCAGCGCUCCCGGCUACUAGGAAGUAACUCUUCAACAACCCAUAAGAGACAGACGCGGACUGCUGAACGGGGUGUGGGCUGCCAAGACCUAAUGAUUGACGUAAGGUGAGAGACAAGUCACUGUUGGAUUUCCUGUUCUGUUUAUAAUUUGUGUUUUUUUGGCUUGUUUUUUAACUAUAAUUUGGGCCUCGUUUAUUUUAUCAAAACGAACAACUUAAAUAAUUAUUUACGGACCUCUCGCUACGUUCCGUAGAAGUAAAGUAUUACGGUAGAAAAUAUAUCAAUGAGCACGAGAAACUAGAUCUACUUUUUCGUGCUUGUGAAACAUGCAUAUUCUAUGAGAAGAUAAAUCGAAAAGACUUGAACCCAAGGUGCGAUGAGCGAUGAGUUAUUGGUACAGUUGUAGUUCUUUCUUUGCUAUAUCGAGAUGUGUCAAGCAUUUUCAACACUUCUCACGAAUCUGCUUGGAACACGAAUUACAUCCAAACAUUGUUCGGCCGUUCGUCGUCGCGAACCACGAUUUGCUUCUCAGCGACUGUCUGGAAAACUUUAUUUGAAGUAACUGGUCGGAAGAAUAGACUUGAAGUCCGAGCUAGACGCUUUUAAGUACUCAAAAAACCUUCGAACGAUGACAUUGGUUCCGAUCAUUAAAACAGGCUUCAUCGAGGCUUGUGCCACAGUGGAUUAUAUAGUCGCAACCCUACCGGUUUAUUUUAACUACGAAUAAAGGGUUCUAGGAUGACGCGAGCUAGUCCCGAAAAAAGGCCCGAAGCGGAAAGUAAAGGAAUGUCAAUCGAAACAACGCAUCGGUGGCCACGGGAUCAAGACAGCGAAGAAAGUGACGUCGUCAAUGCAGUGGCAACCCAACAAAUCUAACAAUGACCCCAAUCUAACGUCCAAAGAUUUACGAUUUCAUCUUUUCGAAAAAUUUCCAUUUUUAUUUUAAUGCAGGCGAUGAAAUAUCAAUCUUUCAUUUGUCCUUGAACUCUACAUCCAACAGGGAAACUGACAUUGGCACAGCAUUAAACAAAAAAACAGAAGACGAAGAAAAAAACGAAGAGCAGUGGAGGAGGAAGUCGGUUCCAGAAAAGAACAGUGAGGACUAACUGUGCAUGAUAGAUACACCGGGCGUAAACGAAUGGAGUAUGCAAAAUACAACAAAAAAAAUAUAUAAAAUUUAAACAAAUACCCCCGCUACUAUAAGUGCGACAAGUGUAACAAGUAAAUUAGGAAGAAAAUAAUUGAAGAGGGAAACAAAGAUGAACUAUUAUUAUAACUAAUGUGAAAAAGGAGGAAACUGUAAUAGGAUAACUAAAGAAAUGCAAACUAAUUGUAACACGACAUGAGAAAAACAAAUAAGAAAUUCUACGGUAAAUGUUAUUAUAAUGAAAGCAAUCUUUUCUACAAUCUUAUGCGUUAUUAGAAAAACUAAGGAUAGCGUAUGGUUUAGUUUUUCGUUACGUUAAAGGUUUUUUUCGCUUGUUUUUCUCAAUUUUCCGGAAUGAGAACAAUCGUACACUGUUUUAAACACAUGCGGGCGCUUGCGCUCCAGCCAAUUAUCGUCUUACAAUUUGAGGAAUAAACAUAAACAGUGCAGCUGAGAUUAAGUCAACAACUGUGACAAACUAUUUUUCAUGCUACAAAAACAAUUAGAAACGUUUUGUUAGCGGUUUCAGUUCUUCCGACAGUCACACUUCUUUUCCUUUGAUACUCUUUAAACAUUUCAUCAAAAGUCUUGAGUUCUUAUUUAUAAAAUAAACCAAAACAGUAACAGUGCAAAUUAUCAACUUACAAUUCAUAAACGUUGGCAUUUAUUUUAUUCAAAAAUGUUUACUUUUAUAUACACCGCGUAAAACUGAGACGGAUGCAAGCUGCGUAGAAGAGCGUAAAAUUUGAUCAACUAAUUUCAAAUCGACAUUACUUAUUGGCUUUGAGGUGAAUUAGUUGCAUCAAUGCAGGAAAAAAAUGAGGUACCGAAAUUUUUACUUUAAGUGAAUCUUUAUUGUUUUGUUAUAAAAGAUUAAUUAUUAAUUUUUGAACUCACGUAUCAGCAUAAAUAAAUCCUGUGAGCAACCUACAAUAAUUGUACAGUGAUAAAAAAUGAUAUUCAUUGGAACUUUUGGUUUACCGACUUAGUCUUUUUUUUUCAUUUUCUCCUUACUCUAUUUUUAAAACAAUAAGCUCUAAAGAAAUUACCAUCAAAACAGUGCUCACUUUAUUUUUAUAUGGUCAGCUCAGCAGAAAUCAAAUAUUAGGUUCAAAAUCCAUUAAAAAAAAACUACGCAAGACGUGCAUGCAGAUGACACUCAAAAACAUGGAAGAAAGCAAGUAAAACAUUGUUGUAGCAAGAAAACAAAUCCCCAAAAAACUGUUUUUUGUCAGCAAAUGUGGAGCAAGGCGAAAUAAAUCAGAAAAGUGAGAAAUCGAAAAAUAAUGAUUUUCAACAA